AUGGACGUUGAACGGCGUCAGAUAUGGGCUCGACCAACGUCGACUACGACCAUAGAUCCGUCGUGCACUCCGUUUCUGCUGCCUAGUAAUGGCGUCCUUAGUAUUAAUGAUACUUUUACGGUGACGAUUUCUCGUGACGUUGUCUACCAGCCGGUUUGCACUGGCAACUCCGAUGACAACAACAAUCUGCCUUCGGCUAUUCUAAACACAAAAGACCCGUUUUCUGCCUCCGUUGGGCCGCAAUUAUAUGCCAUCGGUUGCAUGACCGUUGUCAGUUAUCUUCUAGUCAUCAUCCUUCUUAUUACGCCUCGAACUUUCUACAUUGGAGGCCCCGGCGGCGGCGGGAACUUUUUGGGCCGACAUGGCAUGAUCAGUGGCUCCUACAGCGGGAGCUCUUCCAUCGUCGGCGUCGGUGGGCGUCCCUGGCUGCAGAAAGUCGCGGCGCUCACAGUUGCUAUCUCAUUGACUAUUGCAACGGUCGACUCGUUUCGCGUGGCCGAGAGGCAGUACGCCAGCGGUUACACGGACGCGACAGCGCUGACCCAAGAGGUCAUCGACGGCACCGAGAUACGCAUCGUAAGGGUCAUAUCCAGCACUUUUCUGUGGCUCGCUCAGGUCCAGACGCUGAUACGACUGUUUCCUCGACAUAAAGAAAAAGUAAUGAUCAAAUGGGCCGGAUUCGCCCUGAUUGUGCUCGAUACCAUAUUUUCUAUUUUGGAUAAUUUUGUCUCUCACGGAUCCAACACGCACCCACGAUUGUUUGAUGAUGCAAUCCCGGCUCUUUCCUACCUCUUCGAGUUGGCCCUCAAUCUGCUAUAUGCUGCUUGGGUCAUCUUCUAUUCAUUAUCAAAACACCGAUUCGCUUUUUUCCACCCAAAGAUGCGGAAUAUAUGCCUUGUGGCAGCCCUAUCACUGAUAGUCGUCUGUAUUCCUGUGAUUUUCUUCAUCUUGGAUAUCGCGUCGCCUGAUGUUGCUGGGUGGGGAGAAUACAUUAGAUGGGUGGGCUCUGCAGCUGCUAGUGUUGUUGUGUGGGAAUGGGUCGAACGGAUCGAAGCCCUGGAGCGCGAUGAACGCAAAGAUGGGAUCCUCGGACGGGAAGUGUUUGACGGCGACGAGAUGUUGGAAGUCACACCAUCGACUGAGGUGGACUUGACGGGCGGUCGCGGAAAUGACGGUGGUCGAGGAACAGGAAGUGCGUGGGGAGGAGUCAUUGGGCUCAACCACCGGCCCUUGCGACGGAACCAUCUUGGCUUUCAACUCGGCGGUCGAUCUCGACAAGGCGCUUCCAAUGCGAAUGACAAUGACAUGUCAACGACAGCAGGCCAGCCUACGCGGCCUCCAGCAGCAGUGACUCCUAUCAGCCGAGCCGACACGACUAGUGCUGCCUCGACGGUUUACUAUGUUCGCUAUCACCCCGUCACCACCCCGACUCCGCCAAUCCCCAUGGUUCCAGAUGAGUAUGAAGGUGAUUCGGAAUCUCAACAUAAACAAGCCGAAGUUGGCUAUGAGAGCCGGUCUUCUGAUCGAACAAGCAGUGUUCCUGGCGAUCACACUAACACGGCCGGUCCUUGGACGAAUAUGAUUUUGGCAUCCCGAGGAUAUUCCUCUUGGUUUUCAGCCGCCAAUAUAUUCAAGAGAAGACGAACGUCUCCGCCGCAGGAAGUAGUGACAGCACAGGAACAAGAACAAGAACAAGAAGACGACCAAGACCCACACAGCGAGGGCGAAGAUGAAAUUCAGGACGAAAAGGAACCGACACCCCCCACUAUUCAGUCGCGAAUGCAACACGCCCUGUCUUCCUUGCCGCUCAACCCCUGGCAAUCGAGUUCUAACACUCGUACACAACGACCCUUGACUGUGACUGUCAUUCCACCCCGAGAUAGAUCUCAACAGAUGUGGUCACCACAGCGUACGCAUGAUAUGCACGAUGCGCACGAGCCAGCACAGCCACAGAGUAACUCGCACGACCAGACCAACUAUCCGACGAGAGUAACGUCUCCAAAAGUGACGUCGACUCAAGUGCGACGUGCUGCACCAUGGGACACGUCGGCACCAGGCAGCCGACAGACAGACAACAGUCCACUUGUAUACGACCCAGAAACCGCCGCUCUCGUCGGAGUCGGGCCAAGCUUUAGCACAUCCACGGCAUCCGAUCGUGGACAUCCUACGUCUGCCAGGGGUACGUCGUCCGGUGAUGACACGUUAGUUGUCCCUCACCAGGUGCAACGCAUCUCAUACGAAUCCAGCUCGCCCUCGGGGUCGCUUGAAUUGAGCCCGGCGGACUUUCGAGCAUCUGGCCGAUUCCAUCCUGAAGAAAGGGAUUUGGAGGCGGGAACCCCGCCGAUACAUCGUCGGGCUGGUUGA